AUCUGCGCCUUGGGUUUACAUCCGGGUCUUUGGGCUUCGCGUUCCACACGCCGGCUGGGGUCGCUCCGGGUUCCUCGGUACGGGUUGUUUCCGCCGUUCCAACAUCGGAAGUGUGGGUGGAUCGGCAGGUUUGAACUUUUGUCCUGGAAGCUGUGCAUCACCAUAAUGAGGCUUGUAAUUCUUGAUAACUAUGACUUGGCUAGUGAGUGGGCAGCCAAAUACAUCUGUAAUCGCAUCAUCCAGUUCAAACCUGGACAGGACAGAUACUUUACAUUGGGUUUACCAACAGGGAGUACACCUUUAGGAUGUUAUAAAAAACUAAUAGAAUAUCACAAGAAUGGAGACCUUUCUUUUAAAUAUGUGAAGACCUUUAACAUGGAUGAAUAUGUAGGACUUCCCAGAAAUCAUCCUGAAAGCUACCAUUCUUAUAUGUGGAAUAACUUUUUUAAGCAUAUUGAUAUAGAUCCUAAGAAUGCUCAUAUCCUUGAUGGGAAUGCUGCAGAUUUACAAGCAGAAUGUGAUGCUUUUGAAAAGAAAAUAAAAGAAGCUGGAGGAAUUGACCUUUUUGUUGGAGGAAUUGGUCCAGAUGGUCAUAUCGCUUUCAAUGAACCAGGAUCCAGUUUAGUAUCAAGGACAAGAUUAAAGACUCUAGCAAUGGACACCAUUUUGGCAAAUGCUAAAUAUUUUGAUGGAGAUUUAUCGAAGGUGCCAACUAUGGCUCUAACAGUUGGUGUGGGGACAGUGAUGGAUGCAAGAGAAGUAAUGAUCCUCAUAACAGGUGCACACAAGGCAUUUGCUCUCUACAAAGCAAUAGAAGAAGGAGUAAAUCACAUGUGGACUGUUUCUGCUUUCCAGCAGCAUCCCCGAACUAUUUUUGUGUGUGAUGAAGAUGCUACUUUAGAAUUAAGAGUUAAAACUGUGAAAUACUUUAAAGGUUUAAUGCAUGUGCACAAUAAACUUGUGGAUCCACUAUACAGUAUGAAAGAAGGAAAUUGAAGGAGAUUGGAGCAAAUUCUGCUUGAAUGAACAGAACACUUUUAUAAGUAGUAGACGAAUUUUCAGCUAUGCAAUAUGAUAAAACAUGGGGAUUUUUUGAAGACUGUCAUUUUUGAAGUCCAGUAUCUAUAUGUUAAACAUUCCAUAUUUAGAAUGUGUCCAUUUUAUACUAAGGUUUAGGAGAAGUAGUUGGCUCUCACAAAUAGCUGU